AUGCUGCGCAUGCGCCUUCUUUUCACCGUGCAUCAAUGCUCUGAGUGCAGCUCAAGAAGAGAGGGAGAGUCGAGCUUGCUUUCGGGGCUGCGCGCUGAAAUGCAUGGAGCGGAGCGGCAGAGAAACGCCAAGCACAAGGCCCAGGCUCAGCCGAGCACCAUGAAACACGGAGAGGUAAAGUGCGACACGAUCCCGGAGCGAGUGACGCUGAAAAAAGAAAUAGGACUGCUGAGCGCCUGCACCAUCAUUAUAGGUAACAUCAUUGGCUCUGGGAUCUUCAUUUCUCCUAAAGGGGUCCUGGAGCACUCAGGGUCUGUUGGCUUGGCACUGGUUGUAUGGACAUUAGGUGGUGGUAUUGCUGCUCUUGGCUCUCUCUGUUAUGCUGAACUUGGGGUCACCAUCCCUAAGUCAGGGGGAGACUACUCCUACGUUACAGAGAUUUUUGGAGGUCUUUUUGGGUUCCUGCUUUUAUGGAGUGCUGUUCUGAUUAUGUACCCUACUACUCUGGCAGUAAUAGCUCUCACUUUCUCUAAUUACGUCUUACAGCCAGCCUUUCCUAACUGCGUUCCCCCGUAUAUGGCUACACGUAUGCUCUCCGCUGUCUGCAUAUUGUUUCUGACAUGGGUAAACUGCUUCAGUGUGCGUCUGGCCACACGUAUCCAGGAUGUCUUUACUGUAGGGAAGCUGCUGGCCCUGGGCCUCAUUAUCGCUGUUGGACUGCAUCAGAUCUACGAAGGUAAUUAUGAGGGUCUUACACCACAAGUAGCAUUUGAGUUUUAUAAGACACCAACAGUGGGGCAGAUUGCUCUGGCGUUCCUUCAGGCCUCUUUUGCCUUCAGUGGCUGGAACUUUCUCAAUUAUGUCACAGAAGAGGUAGUGGAUCCCAGAAGGAAUCUUCCACGUGCAAUUUACAUCUCCAUUCCACUGGUGACCUUUGUGUACACGCUUACCAACAUCGCCUACUUCUCCUCCAUGUCCCCAGAUGAGCUGUUGUCCUCCAACGCUGUGGCUGUAACCUUUGGAGAGAAGCUGCUUGGAAUGUUUUCCACAAUCAUACCCAUCUCUGUGGCGCUCUCCACAUUUGGAGGUAUCAACGGCUACCUCUUCACAUCUUCCAGACUUUGUUUCUCUGGUGCAAGAGAAGGACAUUUACCCAGCUUACUUGCUAUGAUUCACUUUAAGAGCUGUACCCCAAUUCCAGCUCUGCUUGUCUGUUGCACUGCCACAAUUGUAAUCAUGUGCAUCGGUGAAACACAUAACCUUAUAAACUACGUGUCCUUCAUCAACUACCUCUCCUAUGGAGUCACUAUUGCUGGCUUGCUGUAUUACAGAUGGAAGAAGCCAAACCUGUACAGGCCUAUCAAGGUGAGUUUAUUCGUUCCUGUGUGUUACCUCCUGUUCUGGGUCCUGCUGCUAGGCUUUAGUCUCCACUCAGAGCCCGUGGUCUGCGGUGUGGGACUGGUCAUCAUGCUCACUGGAGUACCUGUAUACUUUCUGGGUGUCUACUGGAAAGAUAAGCCAAAGUGUAUCUAUAACUUCAUUGAGUGGGCUACCUAUCUGGGUCAGAGAGUGUUUUUUGUGGUCUUCCCCCAAGUUGACCCCACUGAAGACAUAACACCAAGAGAAUGGACAGAUACGUCUUCUGCGAUUAGCAAGGCAUCUGGACCUGUUUGACUUUAAUAUUUUUUUGUUUAUUACCUUAAUUGUAUCCAGUUUUUGUUAAACUGUAGUUUCUCUCUUAUUUUAAAGCCCCAAAAUAGGGUUCCUGGGUAAAUAUUCAACCACAAAUGUCUAUAAGCCUUGUAUAGUAUCUCUCUUAUGUUUUGUAUUCACUGGUAAACGUACUGUAAGUUAAUAUCACUAUUAACAUUUCAAAAGGACUAUCUAUUUUUAACCUUUUAUUUAAUAUGUUGCCUAUCGUUAUGUGUAUACUGUGCCUUACAUGAAAAAGAUACACUGAAAUAUUUUAGUAUAUUAUAACUGGAAUAAUUCAGGAAGUGUCUUCAGGUAUGCGUUUGCUAGUUGCCUGUAAAUAUACAUCAAAUACCUAACAGUGGAGACAUAAGAGCUAAUGCUGAAUAUAUUUAUUGCUGUUUGGCAGUUGCAGUUAAAUAAGUCCUUUAUUUUUGCAGUGUAGUUUACCUCUUUAAAGCACAGCUAGAAAUUAACUAAGUAGAAUGCAGGACAAGCUGCAUACCUUCUACACUAUCUUAGAACAAUUUGUUAAUUACUCAGUUGUUGAGACGUUAUGAUGUUAUUUUUUGUGAAUACAAGGUUUUUAUUUUAUUGUAAUAAUUCAUAAAGUAUCCUAAUGUGUAUUCUUUAUAAGCUGUCUGUUUUCUAAACAAACUACAUCAACCUACUAUUGGUAUUAUACUAAUUUUAGGUGAACUGUAUUCCUCUCCACACAAAUGGUAAACCUUGUGUACACUCACCAAGCACUUUAUUAGAAACACUAGAGAAAUAUUAGGUAGGGCCUCACUUUCAUGCUGAAAAUCACCCGCUCUACCGCAUCGCAAAGGUGCUCUAUUGAAUUCAGAUUGUCCAGAUUUGUUGAACCUGUGCGCACUGCAGCCUUGGCUUUCUGUUCUUGGUUGACAGAAGUAAAGCCUGAUGUGGUCUUCGCCUGUUGUGGCCCAUCAGCUUAGCGUUAGCCUCUCUGACAGCUUGAACCAGUUUGGCCAUACUCAGUUGACCUCUCUUCUCGACACAGCAUUUCCAUCCACCCAACUGCCACUCACUGGAUGUCUGGUUGAUUUACCUUUAUUGCAUCAUUCUGGAUAAACUCUGUAGACUGUUGAAUGAAAAUCCCAAUGAAAGUCUCAGGAGAUCAAUGGCUAUAGAAAUAUUCUACCACUGUCUGUCUAACAAUAACCAUCAUGCCAUGAUGAAAAUCACUAAGAUCACAAUUUUCCUCUGACUGAUGUGAACAUUAUCUCCAGCUGCUGGCCUGUAUCUGCAUGAUUUCUAUGCAGUGCACUGCAGUCACCUGAUUGGUAUAAAGACAUCAUAUGAAUGAGUAGUUGUACAAGCGUUUGUAAUAAAGUGUUCGUGAGGGUAUUACAAUACUGCAAAAAGUAUGCUUUGGUUGCACACUUCCCAUCAAACGUUUGGGGACACUUAAAGCUGUCUACAAUGUUUUGGUUUUAAAAAAUGAAAUUAUAUUUUACAUUUAUUCCACAUUUGUUAUAAUAACAAAAAAUAUAUUAAACUUUAUACUGUGUUCAUAAUUUUUAGAAAAUCUCUUAACAGCUGCACACACUUUCUUCAGGAAAAUAAAAAGGUGUUUCCAGGGAAAUGCUCAGAUGCCAUGCAAGUUUUUUGGAGUUAGUCUUUAAAACAUCUCCAAACCCCUAGGUUGAAAACUCCAUGCAGAGCAGCUUGAUUUGUCCUAUGUUCGACUGACAGGCUAUUCCAUUACAGACAGACCUACCUUAUUACUGUCCAAAUACAGUAUAUCCUGUGGAACUUUGAGGUGCGUUUGUGAUUGGUAAAAACAGUUGGGACAUUUCAGGAAAUAGCCAAGGUGUCCCAAAGUGUUUACUGUAAAUAUUUUUGUAGAACCACUGAACUGGAUAGCAUUACCUAUUUUAUUUUAGUUUUACCUAUGUCCUGAAUAAGUACAGUA